UUCUUAUCACAACGCCUCAACGAAAGUGAUAUCAAAUCUAGAAAAUGAACAAUUCUAAUUCUUCAAACUGUGCUGGUUUGCUUAAAUAUUUUCCGGGUGAAAAUAUUUUUUUUGUUUCGCUGUAGAUUUAACAGCCGGAUCUCUCGAUGAGCUACAUUUCUGUUGCUGAGAUAAUAUAGCAUCUAGGUCCGGUUACACCGGCUAGUUAGUCAUCAUGGAUUGGCUUCGUCUUCCUCGGUUUGGCCGUGAUACCGUCUGGAUUUAUUCAUCAACUGCGAUCGUCGCUAUAGCCGCAGUCAUCACGCUACGUCAGGGAAUAACAGACUACAUUCAGGCGGAGACUCACUGCUAUCAAUCGGUGCGCACAAACUCGGCAGCAGAACCUUACGUAAACUGCUUCUCUGUGUCACCUACCGGAAAGUUUUCUAAGGUAUUUAAAGCCGGGGAGGAUACGGGGUUUGUCAAGAAUGCGAACCCGGGCUUCGCCAUGCCCGGCUUGUGGGACGGACACGGACACUUGCAACAAUACGGAGAGUUUUUGAAUUCGGUGGACCUCUUCGGUUCCACUUCCAUGGAUGAUGUCCGAUCUCGUGUGUUAAGCUAUGCCGACAAGAACCCCAAGGCCGGAUCGAAGGAGGAGUGGCUGAGGGGUAUCGGAUGGGAUCAAAUGGCUCUUGGGAAGAUGCCGACUGCCGAUGAUCUAGCAGCGGAUAAGAGACUUAAAGAUCUUUACAUCAUGCUCGAUAGAGUAGAUGUACACUGUAUCUGGGUUUCCCAAGCCGUCUUGGACCUACUCCCGGAAUCCAUACCUGAUAUUCCUGGCGGUGAAAUUGUUAGAGAACCUGGCAUGGGCGUCUUUUGCGAUAAUGCGAUGGACAUGGUAAUGGCUCUAUGGCCUAAGCCUAAUAACGAGAAGAAACGACAAUUCGUGAAGAGCGCCAUGGGGAAGUUGAAUGAAGUAGGACUCGUGGGUAUUCACGAUGCCGGAGUUACGCCAGGCAAUCUGAACCUGUACAAGAAGCUGGCAGGGGGUGAUGACUGGACGGUGCGAGUUUAUGCUAUGAUCGAAUGCGACGAACGCAACACAUUCUGUCCCAAUGACAUUGAUCAAUACUCGAGUCUAGACGGCUUCUUGAGUAUUCGGAGCGUGAAACUCUUUGCUGAUGGGGCCCUCGGAAGUUGGGGUAGCGCCCUUAUUGACCCCUAUACUGAUCGUCCAGAUACGUCAGGAUCUUUACUUGUCAACGCCUCCGAAUUAGUAUACGACACAAUCGCAUGGGCCAAGGAAGGUUACCAAGUCAACAUCCACGCAAUCGGUGACCUAGCCAAUCGAAACGCCGUUGACGCGAUUGUUACCGCCCUGAGGCUUCUUUGUCCCGACGAGCCUCUCCCAGUCUGCCAAUCUUACUAUCGCUUUCGCAUCGAACAUUCCCAGAUCAUUCACCCAGAUGAUCAGGCUCGAAUCCAUGCUGUUGGAAUCAUCCCUUCUAUUCAACCCACACAUGCUACAAGUGAUAUGGCAUACGCAGAGACAAGAUUAGGCAAGGAACGUACCAUGAAAGAGGCAUAUCGAAUGCGCUCCCUACUUGAUGUCAACCCCGUUUUUGGUAGCGAUUUCCCAGUCGAGCCGCCCAACCCAUUUCAAGGUAUUUAUGCAGCCGUCACAAGGCGCAAUCCACAUACAGGCCGAGGGACAGACGAUUCUCCCGAUGGAUGGCACACGGACGAAGCUCUCGACUUGGACCAGGCAAUCAGGGGCUUCACUGAGGGUCCUUCGUAUGGCGGGUUCAUGAAGGGGAAGACAGGUGUCAUUAAGCCGGGGGCCUACGCAGAUUGGGUAGUCCUGGACAGACCCUUAGAGGAGACAGAUAUUGAGGAUCUACGCUCCUUGAGGGUCAAGGAGACGUGGGUUGGAGGCAAGAAGGUGUAUUCUCGGGAAUGAUGAGGUGGUUAGCAAGCCCAAUCACUGGGUAUAUAGAGAAGAAAAAAAACAGGAUACUUGAUGA